AUGGGCAGCAACACAUCAAAAGAGGAGGCCAAUGCUGCCGUGGAACAGCCAAAGGAGGAAGAUGAUGAGCCAGAUGAGUGGACUGGAGACAAUGCAAGGACGAGGCAAGCUGUCACCACAAUGUUCUCAUCCAGAAGAGGCCAUUUGCUAACCUCAUCCUACAUUGCACCGCUUCAGAUGGAGACUUUCAAACGCUGUUGGAAAGCUCAUGGCAACGACCAGAGGACCUCGACACAGGAUGCCGACAGCAGUGCAAAAUAA